GACUGGCUCUACGGAAUAAAAUGAACAAGAUGAAAACAUUCAAGCGCCGUUUUUCCCUUUCAGUUCCUAGGACAGAGACUAUUGAGGAAUCCCUGGUAGAAUUUACAGAGCAAUUCAAUCAGCUCAACAACAGGAAAAAUGAAGAUAUGGCUCACCUGAAUAGGGAUAUCCGAAUGCAGCCCAGUUCUGCCUCACCUUUGGAAGGCCGGUCCCCAACUUCUGUGCAUUACCGAAAUGGCAACCAGCGCCGCUUUUCUAUGGAGGAUGUCAGCAAGCGUCUCUCUCUGCCCAUGGAUAUUCACCUGCCCCCAGAAUUCCUCCAAAAACUAGAAAUGGAAAAUCCAGAGAUUUCUAAGCCUCUCAGCAGGAUGUCACGGCGGGCAUCUCUGUCAGACAUUGGGUUUGGCAAGAUGGAAACCUAUGUUAAACUGGAAAAGUUGGGGGAGGGCACUUAUGCUACUGUAUUUAAAGGACGCAGCAAACUCACCAAGAAUCUUGUUGCGCUGAAGGAGAUCAGGUUGGAACAUGAAGAAGGAGCACCUUGCACAGCUAUACGGGAAGUUUCCUUACUGAAGAAUCUAAAGCAUGCCAACAUUGUGACUCUCCACGAUAUCAUUCACACAAAAUGCUCCCUCACUCUUGUUUUUGAAUAUCUGGACAGCGACCUGAAACAGUACCUGGAUAACUGUGGGAAUCUGAUGAGCAUGUACAAUGUGAAGAUUUUCAUGUUCCAGCUGCUUCGUGGUUUAUCCUACUGCCAUCUGCAUAAGAUCCUACACAGAGAUCUCAAGCCACAGAAUCUGCUUAUUAAUGGAAAAGGAGAACUAAAACUUGCUGACUUUGGUCUAGCCAGAGCCAAGUCUGUCCCAACAAAAACAUAUUCCAAUGAAGUGGUCACAUUGUGGUACCGACCUCCUGAUGUCCUACUAGGAUCUACAGAAUAUUCCACUCCCAUAGACAUGUGGGGCGUGGGUUGCAUACACUAUGAAAUGGUCACAGGACGUCCAAUGUUCCCAGGAUCCACCGUGAAAGAAGAACUUAAUUUAAUAUUCAGAAUGUUGGGAACUCCUGCAGAGGAAUCUUGGCCAGGCAUCACAUCCAAUGAGGAGUUCAAAUCUUACCAAUUCACACAAUAUCGAGCCCAACCCUUGAUAAAUCAUGCACCCAGGCUGGACACAGAAGGAAUUGACCUUUUGACAAAUCUCCUCCUGUAUGAAGCCAAACAACGUAUCUCUGCUGAAUCAGCUCUACGACAUCCCUACUUUAUGAUCUUAGAUGAACGGGUCCACCUCCUUCCUGAGACUGCCUCCAUCUUCUCUUUGAAGGAAAUUGAACUUCAGAAAGACCCUGGUUGCCGAGGCUCAAGUUUCCAGCAUGUUGCUCGAGGAAAGAAUAGGCGGCAAAGCAUAUUUUAAGCCUGUUUGUUCAUUCAUCCAAUCACUUUGAAGAUGGAAACACUGAGAAGAGAGAGGACCACUGGAUCCCAGAUAGUCCAUCCCAGAAAAAGAAGGGGUGGCAUCUACUGAACAUGAGCUGUCUUGCAAUCUCAGGCAUGCAGUACAGCUUUUUCUCAAAAUCCCGCCUCUUUCUCCAGUGAGAAAGGA